AUGCAAGCGCUAAGAUUGCAUGGCAAACGCGACUCGUGGCUAACCCUCUGGAGCCAAUGUGCGCCAACCCAAGUACGUGUCGAAGUGGAAUUUUGUGGCAUAUGCGGCUCCGACAUACAUGAAUAUCUCGCUGGUCCAAUUCUUGCCCCGGCUGGAGGGAAUCCAAAUGAACACACCGGAGCCACUUUGCCAGUAAUAAUGGGCCACGAGAUGUCUGGUACAAUUACCGAGCUUGGAGAGCAAGUGAAAGGCUUUACUAUCGGGCAGAAGGUUGUUGUCAAUCCGUUAGUAUCGGAUUUCGAGCAUGGGACACCUCCUUGUUUAUCUUGUCUUGCUGGGCGUAUCAACACCUGUAAACGAGCCACAUUCUACGGAAUUAACACCCCAGGGGGUGGAUUCUCAAGCCAAAUCACUGUGAAUCCAUCGAACCUUAUCCUGGUGCCAGAAAACGUUUCAUUGAAGAUUGCAGCGUUGGCUGAGCCGCUUGCCGUGGCAACACAUAUGAUAAGGAAGUCAGGAUUUACUGCAGGCCAAAGUGUACUUAUUCUUGGGGCAGGUCCAAUUGGGCUGGCGUUACUUAUGUUAUUGCGCUCUAUGGAGGUAGGUAAGAUCUUCGUAAGUGAGGUCUCUGAUCUGAGGAUCCAGCAAGCGCGGCAGCUUGGAGCUGAUGCUGUUAUCGAUCCAACAAAAGUGUCGAGUGCCAAUCCAUCAAAUUUGGUGCUAAACGCCAUUCAUGAAGUGCUUGAAGAAGGCGUCGAUAUCUCUUUUGACGCAUCCGGGCUACAAUCUACACUUGAGACCGCUAUUGCUGCUGUCAGGCCCGGCGGGGCAAUCUUCAAUGUUGCAAUUCAUGAGAAACCACUACUGCUGAACUUGAACGACAUCAGUGUUACGGAAAAGAACUUGACAGGUGGAAUUUGCUACACCAAAGAGGAUUUUGAAUUAGUUAUGACGCUAUUGUCUAACAAACGUAUCGCUGCGGAGCAUAUGAUUACCUCAGUCGUGCCUUUGACGGAUGUCGUCAAAGGGGGCUUCCUCGAACUGAUUGACAACAAAACGCAACAUGUCAAAAUCCUUAUCCAGCCAACUAUCUGA